AUGAGCUCGUCUACUCCCACAAGAAUCGAGCACCGGAAGCUCCGGAGAGGCACGACAAGCUGCUGGGAAUGCAAACGACGCAAGACCCGGUGCCAUUUUGAGCAGAGCAGCGCCAGCGUCUGCGUGUCUUGCAAGCGUCGCGGAUCAAAAUGCGUCCUUCAGCAUAUCGAGGAGCACGCCUUAGCCACACAAGCGGUGGAUCAGCUGAAUCAUCGUCCAAAUGCUGGAGAGCGGAUGGAACAUCUCGAGAGCAUGGUUGAUCGACUCGUACAUCAGUCAACCGCUCCCACUGCCUCGAAUCAGAACUCUUCCUACCACUUGAACCGAAACAACUCAGCACCGCAGGUUCAACGAUCGAAAAGUUCCUCCAACCCUCCACGCAAACUCCUCCCCAAGUUGGACAAGGCCCUAGCAAGGAGCUCUAAUUGCUCACCCGACAAUGGGUCCAAGUCGUUGAUUUCAUCGGCACAUCAAUCUUUACUCUCGCCAGACCCAACCAGUGGCUCGCCUCGAUGCAGUUCACUCACUCUCCUCCUGCAAUCCAUCCUCCCGUCUGUCAGCAUCACCACUCGGAUCAUGCACCACAACAAGGUUUUAAUGAUGUCUAUGCAUGUGUUUCGAGGCUUGUCCAGUGAUCCUUUCCGACUUGCUGCUCCCCCUCGCCAAAUAACCCGCCCAUCAUCUUCAACGCCAAAUCCCAAACCGAUUGACCUAGCUCGGAGCCUCUUUCAACUCGCCAUUUGCCUCCAGCAGUCGGAGCGCACGUCUGAAAUCUCCGAAUUGUGCCUUGAUCGCUCCAAUACUGACGUUGCAGGCCAAUAUUUCGAGGCUGCUUCCCGCUACGUCACCUCACAAGACGCCCUCGUCGUCUCUCCGGAAGGGAUAGAAACGCUGAUGCUCGAAGGUUUAUACCACGUUUCUACAGGUCAAACACGACUGGCAUGGCUCGUGUUCCGCCGAGCAUUGAGUAUUGCUCAGCUUAUGGGCCUGCACAUACCACAGGUACGACGACAAAACAAGCAGCGCGAAGCUACCAACGGCCAAACGCCGAUAUGCCUCAAGACCCUAUGGUUUCGGCUCAUAUUCAUGGAUCGUUAUAUGGCUCUGGUGCUCUGCCUUCCAAUGUCUAUUAAAGACGAUAGUUUUAUGCAAGACUCAGUGCCAACAGAACCUUAUGAGAAAAUGGAGCGCAUUCAGGCCGUGCUUACAAGUCGCAUAAUAUCUAGAAACGAAUUGAUGCGACACGGGCAACUGAGAGACGAGCUCUCCUAUAACCAUUACGAUGAGACCAAAGACAUCGAUUACGAGUUGAAGCGGGCGGCGCGGUCCUUGCCGGCAGAAUGGUGGGCUUUUCCACGGCUGAAGGAUGCGAAUACGAAUGCGGAACUAAAGGACAUGACUGUCAAGGUCGUUCUUCAAAUGCAUUAUUACAACCUUGUGCUGUUACUUCACCUACCGUAUGUCGUGCCGCGCAUCAGAGACUCUCUUAUCGACGAGGCAGCGCCUGAUUAUACAAAUUCCAAAAUCUCCGCCAUGUUUGCAAGCCGCGAACUACUCACCCGAUCCAUUGUUCCGGUCGGCCCCAAUCGCGUGACAUCUUCGAACCGCGGAAACUCUCUCAAAAUCAUUCUUUCUGCCCUGAAUCUUCUGCUGUCUCACUUGGACAGCCAUCGGCUGGGCCGCGAGAAUGCCCUUGAUCAUCAGCGCCCAGGGGAUUUGCUGCUAGUUGAGCGCGCCAUUAGCAGCUUGGAUACUGUGUUUCAAAAACAUGAUGAUGCCUUGUGUGCCUCUGCAGCACAAGCCUUGAAGAAACUAAGCGCCAUUGAAACGUCUGCAGCAGAUGGGUUGAGCUAUAGAGCAUGGAGUGAGCCCAGCGAGGUGAUGGAAAUGGAGUGCACUGUUCGAGAAGAAGCAGACAGCAUCGAAAUGGAGUUUCCAUAUAUGGGAAUCAUUCAUAUUCUGCGCCACGACUCUCCAGAAGGUGCAUCGAGAGAUGCUAUCGGAUCCCGCACAGCGGCAGAGACAGGCAAUUUGGAUGGCAGCGAUCUAACUUCGUCUUGGCCAUGGAGUGAUUCUCCAUUAUCUUUGUUGCCUGAGCUGGCCUCUACUGCCUCGAGUGUCGACGACACGCAUGACGCAUUUCACAGUAUGCUGUCCUCUGCUUAUGGCAUGCAGGAGACGUGGGGUCUUCAAAGCAGCAAUCUGAAGCGUAUAGAUGAAGUUCUAGAACCACAACAGUUUCUGCAGGACCUAGAUUUCACGGAUGGGGUUUGA